AUGACCUCAAGCCUAAGAGACAGCAGUGCUCCUACCCGAGCGGGCUUAUUGAAGUUCAGCGGCCAAGUAGCCAUCGUCACAGGGGCAGCAAGUGGAAUUGGCAAAUCCGUGGCAGACCUUUUCGCCACACAGGGAGCCCUGGUCAUCUUGGUGGACACUGACCACCAAGGCCUGCGUGAAGUUGAAACCCACUUAAGCUCGCAUGGUGCAAGGGUGUCUGUUCGAGCAUGCGACCUGACGCAAGAAGACCAAGUCCAUAAACUCGUGCACGGCAUUGUUCAGCAAUACGACAAGAUCACCAUCCUGGCACACCUGGCCGGGAUUUAUCCUGCAAGGCCGUUACUGGAGACGACUGCGGCCGAGUAUCGAAGGAUUUUCCAGGUGAACAUGGACAGCUGUUUCUUUCUGACCCAGGCCGUCUUACCACACAUGCAAAAAGCCGGGUAUGGAAGGAUCAUCAACACCUCGAGUCAAACAAUCGUGAAGCCAGAGCCUGGACUCUCUGCAUACACGGCGUCUAAAGGUGCAGUUGCGGCCUUCACGAGGGCAACCGCCGUCGAGGCAGGCCCGGGAAUCACGGCAAACUUCGUCGCACCCACAAUGAUUGCGACCGAACGGACCACAGCGGUCCCAGAAAUGCAACCUUGGCUUUCCAAGGUCGUGGAUCUUCAGGUGGUCAAAAGGAAUGGCACUCCAGAAGAUGUCGCCCAUGCAUUUAUGUAUCUAGCGAGUCCUGAGGCUGAGUUUAUUACUGGACAGAUGCUCAAUGUUGGCGGUGGAGCUGUAUUUCUGUAG